AUGCAGGUGCCUGUGGGUUUCCUCUCCAAGCUCUGGAGCUUCCUGUCCUUCCUGCCCUUCUUCUUCCUCCUCCUCCUCCUUGGCUCCAUCAAAGCUGUGCUGAUUGGUCCGGUUGCGGCCGUCAUUAUUUUCUUCGGAAAUUCGGCUGUUGUUAUCGGUCUGUGGCCUGCGCAUUUCAUAUGGACAUACUAUUGUGUACUCAAAACGGAACGGGUGGGGAUGGUUUUGAAGAUACUUGCUUCUGUCUUUCUGCCAUUGCCGUUACUCCUGUUGCCUGUACUUGCUAUUGCCGGGAGCCUUCUGGGUGGCAUAGGAUAUGGAGUGUUCAUUCCACUAAUGGCAACUUUUGAGGCUGUUGGUGAGGGUGUUGCAGACAAGCUCACCCAUUGUUUCUUGGACGGCACAGUCAGUACAUUAGCUGGAGCUUGCACAGUGGUCCGUGAUUUUACCGAUUUCUGCUUCCACUCAUACUUCUCUUUCAUGGAUGAACUUAUACGGAAAUUGGGCGAUAGCGAAACUCCUCUUGACAUCAAAUUGUCUUAUCUACCGCACAGUGUGCUCGCUGUUCUUAUUGCGGUUCCUUUCGACGUGUUCAUGAUAAGCGGGGUGGCAUUGUGGAAAAGCCCCUGCAUGUUGUUGAAAGGAUGGCAAAGGUUGUGCGAGGACUUGGUUGGAAGGGAAGGACCGUUUCUAGAAACGGUCUGUGUUCCUUUCGCUGGGUUGUCCAUCAUAUUAUGGCCACUUGCUGUAAUCGGAGCAGUAAUUGCUUCAUUUCUUAGCAGCUUCUUCUUUGGCAUGCGUGCUGGAUUAAUUGCUUAUCAGGAGGCUUCUCUCCGAAUGGGACUAGCAUAUAUGGUUUCGGCAGUAGCAUUAUUCGACGAAUACACAAAUGACAUGCUUUACUUAAGAGAAGGCUCAUGUUUUCCAAGGCCCAAGUACCGGAAAAACUAUAGGAUGAACAAUGAGACUGGUCAGAAAAAUGAAGGGCACACCGUUACAUCUGAAUUCGGAGAAAAGAAGCAAAAUGGUCACCGUAAAACCAUGAAGGCUUUGCAGCGAUCAAAGACAUUUAUGGAAACAAUCCAGCGGCUCAGACCAAUUCAAAUAUGGGAUUGGCUAUUCAGAGCUAUUGAGCUGAAUGGAAGGAUAUUACUGAGUGAGGGAUUGAUUACUGCCGAGGACAUGGAAGAAUGUAUUACCAAAGGGAAAUGCAAGAAAUUGAGUAUAAAAUUGCCUGCCUGGUGUAUCCUUCAGUGCCUGAUACGAUCCGCAAAAUAUGAUUCACACGGUUUGCUCAUAUCUGACGAUGUUGAAGUGACAAACUUCAACUGGCCAAAAGACAAAGUGUUCGACUGGAUGCUCGGACCACUUCUUGUUAUAAAGGAGCAAAUGAAGAAACUGGAGCUAACUGAAGAAGAGGAGCUAUGCUUAAGGAAGCUCAUUGUGACAAAUAACAAUGAGAAACCAUCUGAUUGGGACGAUUGUGGUUUCCCGUCAAGCGAUAAUGUAAAGAGAGCUCAACUGCAAGCGAUAAUCAGAAGGUUGCAAGGCAUUGUCGUCAAUAUGUCCUGGGUACCGAGCUUCAGGAGACGGUUCAUCAAUCUGGUGAAGGCAUUGUAUCUCGAGGCGGUUGAGGCAGGUGCGAUCGACGGCUCUCGGAGCGUGAAACGCAGAAUCGAGGAGGCUGAUGCUGCUCCUGUAAGCAAGUUUGAUGGCAAAGCCAUGGAGGGCUCAUCAAACGGCGCUGCGGCACUGGGAAUUGAUGCAGUGUGAUAUUUGCUGUGUUGGUUUACACGAAAUUCACCUGGACUUGGAUCAUUCUGCUGGAAUUUUUCUGGUAACUGCGCCUACGCAUGUUAAUGCACUAGAGCAGGAAAACAUAUCAGCAUUUCAGUGUGGGUAUGCAGAGACAUCCUGUAACUCUGUAAGAGUCGGCAGAAAGAGAUCUGUGUAUGUCAAUAUGCAGCUAGGCAAGGUUUGAGCAAAUACUAGAAACCCAUCUCACUACCUCAUUUUUCUUAUAUUGAAUAUGUUUUUGUUUAUCAGGGUUCAUGCUACAUGUCAGAUCAGGAAUAUCACUUACAUAUUUGUUCCGUCAAAAGAUAUACUAUCAAUUAUGGAAUUGCACACAGAU